GGCUGCGCUCCGCCGGCUUGCUGCGGCACAAUUGGCCCGAGCUUUCCCCGCAUAACUACCCCAAUGUAACCCGCGGCCAGCUCUGAACCGACGACGACACUGACAUAACCUUACACCGUAGAAGAAAACGUCGUCAUUUUGAAUUAUUGAGACAUUCGAACAGCAAUGGCGUUACUACGACCAACUGUGAGAUGCGUGAGGCGACUCAAUGCGCGCCAAAUGAGAGGGUUUGCCUUUGCUACGACGGCUGAUCCGACGCCGCCACCGAGGAAUAAUCGUGUAAGGAUUGUGGAGGUGGGAGCGAGAGAUGGGCUGCAGAAUGAGAAGAAGACUAUAUCAACAGAUACGAAAUUGGAUCUCAUAUCGCGAUUAGCAAAGACGGGGUUGAGGGAUAUUGAGGCUGGUUCCUUCGUAUCUCCCAAAUGGGUUCCGCAGAUGGCAACAUCAAACGAGAUCCUCGAAAGCAUAAUCAAAGAAACCCCCGACUCCAAAUACCCCAUAAACUACUCCUUCCUCGCCCCCAACAUCAAGGGCUUCGAAGCCGCCAUGGCAGUCCUCAAAGCCGCAGGCCACACCGCGCGCCCCGACGCCCCCAAAAUCGAAUUCUCCGUCUUCGCCGCCGCCACCGAGUCCUUCACGCAGAAGAACCUCAACUGCGACAUCGCCACCUCCCUCGAGCGGUUCAAGCCCGUCAUCCAGGGCGCCAAAGACGCCGGCUACCGCGUGCGCGGAUACAUCUCCACGGUCCUCGGCUGCCCAUUCGAAGGGUACGAUGUCGAUCCCCAUAAAGUCGCUGAGGUGGCUACGGACCUCCUCGAGAUGGGUGUUGAUGAGAUCGCCCUAGGCGACACGACGGGAAUGGGUACCGCGCCGCGGACGGCAGAGCUGCUUCGCGCGAUGACGGCGGCGGGGAUAAGGAAUGAGGAUAUGGCGAUGCAUUUCCAUGAUACAUUUGGGCAAGCUCUUGUUAACACGGCGGUGUCGCUGGAGCACGGGAUUAGGACGUUUGAUAGCAGUGUGGGCGGGUUGGGAGGGUGUCCGUAUAGUCCGGGGGCGACGGGGAAUGUGGCGACGGAGGAUAUGGUGUAUUUCCUUGAGAGCUUGGGGAUGGAUACGGGGGUGGAUUUGGAUGCGGUGGCGGAUAUUGGGGCGUGGAUUACGAAGGAGAUUGAGAAGCCGAAUUCGAGUAGUGUGGGGAAGGCGGUGCUGGGGAGGAGGACGCUGGCUACGUGAGAGGUGUACUGCUGGGCAUUGGAUGUAAAUAUAAAUAUCAAAAAGCAGUCAAGUCUUUGAAGCGUUUGGGGGGUGGUAUGGAU